UCCAACGGAAGCUCGAACAGAGGGAGAGAGAGAGAGGGGGGGAGAGAGAGAGGACAGAGAAGUCAAAUCCCUUUCUUUCGUUCUCUCUCUAAGUCUAUAAUACCGCGUUAUCCUGCGCACCUUGCCCCCGCCUAUCCUGCGCACCCUUCGCCGGCCGCUGAGCUCAGAUCUCCCACUUCACUGCCGCUAACACUCUGCCUCCGCCCCUCCCUCUCUCUCUUCUCCCCUCCGUGAAGCUUCACCUCUGCAGAGCCUGCUCCUGUGAGCUCGCGUUUCUGAUACCAGAGCAAGUUCGGAGGAGGAAUUAUGAGCUGCUUCAGCUGCUGUGAUGAUGAUGAUGUUAAAGCUCCAGACAGCGGAGGUGCAUACAUGGUAAAGAGCUCUGCAGGAAACGAUGGGGGUUAUCAUGCUUCUGAAUCUGCGCCAAGAGGUGCACAGACUGUUAAAGUUCAGCCUAUUGAGGUCCCUGCUAUACCAGUAGACGAACUUAAGGAAAUCACGGAGAACUUUGGGACAAAUGCUCUAAUUGGAGAGGGAUCAUAUGGAAGAGUGUAUUAUGGGGUUCUGAAAAGUGGACAGCCUGCAGCAAUCAAGAAACUCGAUGCAAGCAAACAACCUGAUGAUGAAUUUUUAGCUCAGGUGUCGAUGGUAUCGCGGUUGAAGCAUGAAAACUUUGUCGAAUUGCUCGGUUACUGUGUUGAUGGAGGUUCCCGUGUUCUAGCUUAUGAGUUUGCAUCCAAUGGCUCCCUCCAUGAUAUACUUCAUGGUAGAAAAGGUGUUAAAGGAGCACAACCGGGUCCUGUUCUCUCUUGGGCGCAGCGAGUAAAAAUUGCUGUUGGAGCUGCAAAAGGGCUCGAGUAUCUACAUGAGAAGGCAGAGCCACGUGUCAUCCACCGCGACAUCAAGUCCAGCAAUGUGUUGAUCUUCGAUGAUGACAUUGCAAAGAUUGCUGAUUUUGACUUGUCAAAUCAGGCCCCUGAUAUGGCAGCGCGACUUCACUCUACUCGUGUUCUUGGAACCUUUGGUUAUCAUGCUCCUGAAUAUGCCAUGACUGGCCAAUUGAAUGCAAAGAGUGAUGUGUACAGCUUCGGUGUUGUCCUGCUGGAGCUUUUGACCGGGCGAAAACCUGUGGAUCAUACGCUACCUCGUGGACAGCAGAGUCUCGUCACCUGGGCUACACCUAAACUGAGCGAAGACAAGGUCAAGCAAUGUGUCGAUGCAAGACUCGGAGGUGACUACCCACCAAAGGCAGUUGCAAAGUUGGCUGCAGUAGCUGCACUCUGUGUACAAUACGAAGCAGAUUUCCGGCCCAACAUGAGCAUUGUAGUGAAGGCCCUUCAGCCCCUCUUGAAUGCCCGGGCAGGGCCUGCAGGAGAAACCCCAGGCUCCUGAUUUCAUCUCCGUCUCUGUCUCUAUUGUGUGCUUGUCAAUCAUGUGUGAAUUAUUUGAGGCCUGUAAGAGAGAAAUGUAACGGAGGGAUCACAGUAGAUUCGAUUGCACAUGUUUUACAAUUAUAUAUAUGGACAGGCAUUUGAUUCUAUUUGUUUAUAUAUCGUGUGAGGAAGUCUC